UUUUCUUAUUGACCCGUGGCUACUGUCAAUUCUGACCGCGGCUGGCCACCAUCCACACACGCUCGUUCAGCCGUACACAACGAUGCAUCCUCGAGCUCCAGAAGCUGCGAAGCAAAGCCCAUUCGUGUCGUGUCAGUCGACCUGACAGACAGACAGACCACCUAGGGGAAGAGAAUAACAUUUCAGACUGCAUCGAAUGCACGCUUUCUGGAGCGUUGUUCAGACCUGCACAUGGGUCGCUCUCAUGUGCAACCACCUCCGUGCCACACCUCCGUGGCCCAUGUCGUCAUGGCUGAUGACUCGCCCACGCAGCAUUUCGAGCCACGCACGCAAUGGUUCUCCUGCCUCUGGUCUCUCCCCAUUCUACAUAACGUACGGAAGACACUGGUUAGCAGCACGGCUCGGGGCGCUUGAAUCGCAUUGGAAAACUUUGUUUCCUCUUCUUCCUCCGACCUUGUCCUGGCCAGCAGCAGCACAAACGCCUCAGCAGAGAGAGAGAGGUUGGAGAUGAAGAUGGAUGGUAGUAAAGCCAGGUUGCCGACCGGGUGCGUGGAGGGCCAGCCCAGGGGCGCUGUCGCAUUUUCUUUUUCUCAGAACGGACAAAAAAGGUCAUUAGACGCAACACAGGCAAUGCCUGUCGUCCAUGAGUGAGCAGAGCGAAGGGCCUGCAAGAGCCAGGCCCAUGCUCGUGCGCGUUGUUCCUUCCCGACCCGCGGCCACCACACACGCAGAGAGGCCGAGGUCAGACAAAUGCAUGUCCUAAUUUCACUCAGAAAAGGCACCUGGAAAGAAAGAAAAAAGGGUAGAGAGGAACUUUCAUGACAUUUCUUCUGAUGCAUCUUGAUGAGUCAUUGCCUCUUCCCUAAUUAUCUCUAUUCGUUCCGACCAGACUCAAAAAUAAACAUAAUAAAAAAAGAACACCUGGAACCUUAUCAAUAUGACUCCCCC